AUAAAAUAGAUAGGCUUUAAAAUACUAACUAUAAAGCAAAAAUAUUAUCCAUAAUACGAAUAUAAUGGUUACAAUUUAAAAAUAAAAGACUCAUUUAAUAAUUUAUAAUUAUACUAAUAGUUUUAAGUUAAACACAUAUUCAUUGUAUAUUAAAUUUCGUUAUAACAUUCCGGCAGAGAUUUUUUAAAUCACCACCCAAACAAAUACACAUGUCUAAGACUGACCGUUAGUUUAUAUUUAUAAUAUUCAUUGUAUGUGUAACAAACUAGACCACAUUUUGUCCAUCAUUAACCUAAUGUGAAAUGCAUCAGUAGUACAAUAGUAAACCGAAAUACACUUUGAAAAAUGAAGACGGUUGCUUUGAUUAGUGGUGGUAAGGACAGUUGCUUCAACAUGAUGUGUUGUAUAGCAGAGGGACAUACAGUUGUGGCCCUUGCCAAUCUCCGUCCUGAGAAACAAGAUGAGAUUGACAGCUACAUGUACCAAACUGUGGGUCACAUGGCAAUAGAUCUGUAUGCUGAGGCAAUGGACCUGCCAUUAUUUACAGGGAUUAUUAAAGGAUCUAGCCUCUCCACAGAGCGAACAUAUAAACUUAAUGCUGAUGAUGAAGUUGAAGAUUUGUUCAAGUUGCUUCAGAAAGUCAAGUCUGAAAAAGAAAUUGAGGCAGUUUCUGUUGGUGCUAUACUAUCAGAUUAUCAGAGAGUUAGGGUAGAAAACGUCUGUGCCAGACUUGGACUAACUGUUCUAGCCUAUCUGUGGAGGCGUGACCAAGAGGAGUUGUUAAAAGAAAUGAUUGCCUGUCAAGUUAAAGCUAAAAUAAUCAAAGUUGCUGCUAUGGGUUUAGUCCCAGACCAACAUCUUGGGUUAGAACUUGAUGAAAUUUUACCACACAUGCUUGAAAUGAAAACUAAGUAUGGACUUAAUGUAUGUGGUGAAGGUGGGGAGUAUGAAACCUUUGUGUCUGACUGCCCCCUGUUCAAAAAAAAAAUUGUUGUCACUGACACUAAACUAGUCAUACAUUCUGAUGAUGCUUUUGCCCCUGUGGGAUAUUUGAACCUAACCAAGUGCCAUCUUGAGGACAAGGAAUGGGAGUUUAGUUCAUCACUUCAAGACAAAAUUCUGCAGCUGCCUAUUAUGACAUCCAUCAGGUGGUAUCAAGGCAAUGUGGCAUCAAACCCCACAGAACUCAGUCAGGAUGGUGCUGGGGAUUCUUGCUCUAUGGGGCUAGUCAUGUGUGUUCCAGAGUUACAUAAUUCAGAUGAAAAUCCCACUAUUAAAUCUGAUGGCAAAUUAUUUGUAGCAUCUGGGGUGCAGGCUAUCACAUCUGAAGGUGAUGAUGAGAGUUUAGCUGUCCUACAAGCUUUAUCUGGUCUACAAGUUGCUUUGAAUUGUAAAGGUAUUAAGAUAGCUGAUGUUGUAUCAGUAUCUCUCUAUGUGGCUGACAUGGCUAAUUUUCAGACAAUAAAUAAAGUGUACAAAUCUUUUUUUGAUGUCAGCCCACCAGUUAGGCUGUGUAUCCAGGCCAACCUGCCGCGAAAUGUAGCCCUUCAACUGGACUGUCAAGGUCAUGUGUGUGAUGAGGACCCAGAGAGCAACCACGAUGUUCUGCAUGUGCAAUCCCUGUCUCACUGGGCACCAGCCAAUAUUGGCCCUUACAGUCAAGCUGUCAUGGCAGGAGAGAAGUUGUAUGUGGCAGGGAUGAUCCCCCUUGUUCCGGCAUCACUGGAGUUGAUUAGGGCAGGCAUAACAGCCCAGUGUGCAGUAGCCCUGAAGCAUGUCAAGAGUAUCCUGUCGGUCAUGCACAACACUAGUCUUUCAUCUUGUCCAAUGGUCAUGUGUUACCUGGUCAACAUAGAACACAUGCAAGUUGCUGAGCAGGAAUGGACUAAAUCAUUACAGGUAUCCACUGCUGAAAAGGAGAAACUCAAAUUGACUCCUGCAAUUCAGUACUGUGUGGUGCCUGCUUUACCUAAACAAGCUUUAGUGGAGUGGCAGGUCUAUGCAUGGCCACUUCUAAAGGAUGAUGAGGAAAUUUAUGACUUGGCUUUUAAAGAACAGUAUCCUUUCUACACCAUUACAAGCAAGGCACAAUAUUCCAGGGAGAAUCCCCACCUCUUUUCUUGUCAUAUAACUAUUGAUGUCGGUUCUCUAGUUGACUACAUGCACAUUGACACACUGUGUAUGGUCAAGCAACUGCUGAGUGAAUAUCUGAAAGUUUUAGAAAAGCGAAGCCUGUCCAGUGUUUUGCCUCUCAUCAAGGUUCUGUACUCACCUACUGUGUUUAACUACGGCAUCCUUCAAAAAUGUUUUGCCCUGGGAAUAGAAGAACUAGCAAAUCAUGGGGACUCACAUGUCCCAGUUGUCUCUCUGAUUCCCGUGGAUGGCCUAAAGACACGGCAACAGAUACUUGCGUGGUGCCAGUAACUAAACAAAGCAGCACACACUUGCUAGCUGCCAAUCUAGGAAGCUGUUUUAAAGUGUGAAGUGAUAAUUAUCUAGAUUUUACAUCAGAUUGAUAUGGUGCACUUCUUUAUAUAAUAAAACAUUCAAGGGUAACAUUUAAAGUAAAACCAUUGAAAGCUCAUAUGUCUAAAACAUCAAAAAAUUUAUGUAUGAAUUUAAACCAUAAAUAUUAACAAUAAAUUUGAUGCAAUAUAUUUUAU